UGCUGAGGAGUGUAAACAGGUGUGUUGGGCCAUCAGAGAGUUCACCAGACUGUUCCGAUAGCUGCCACCUUCACAUGACAUCAGGGGAUUUUAAUUUGACCAACAUUCAGAGGUGACGGCAAAAAGCUGCGACUGCAGAUGAGAAUCUAAMGUGAUGAAGACCAUGAGGAAGAUAGAGAGACUUUGAAUGUGAAACGAGACAAAUCUCUCUGAAACCUGAGACGGAGUCCUCCCCUAGCUCACCUGAGCCAUUUUCACCUGCAGCAGGUGGUGCUCGGUGGGCAGGGUCAGAACUGGAGACCUUCACAGGAUGAACGAUGCCGAUCGGUUCUGUUGGAUCUUUACCGAUGAUAAAUCAGGACGUGCCUGCUCGACCGUUUUUAAAAGAUUUAUUUUUUGGGACUUUGGUUUGAUGUUUUUUGUGCCAAAAAUGAGCCAAAAGAUUUCCCAUGAUACUCUUGGCAGAGUAGCAGCGUGAGAAGGCGCAACGCUGGAAAGUUUGGCGUCACCUUUGACCUUUUAUCUUUGAUUUAAAUUUAUUUUCGGUUUAUCAUAACGUGAGCCGGAGAGAACUCUGGGUAAUGAGGCGGACAGACUGACAUCAUCAGUGAUGUAGCCUUGUUGUAAAAAAAAUAAAACCGAAACAACAAA